UUUACUUGGACGAAAAACACAACUGAAUUCACAGUGUUUCAGUUUAACGUCACUGACGAAUGUGGAGCUUAUUCUAUGCUUAAUGUUUCUGUUGUAAUCAAGACAUGUCCAUGUCAAAAUUCAGGAGAAUGUUUCCCUGACUAUCGUUAUCUGGAUGGGUCAGGAAAUUUCAUCUGUUCCUGUCCUGCUGAAUAUUCCGGUACUUUAUGUGAGCUUGAUGUCAACGAAUGUGACGUGUCGAAACCUUGUCAAAAUGGAACUUGUAAUAAUGAACAACCCGGGUUCUCCUGUUCAUGUUUUGCAGGUUACACUGGCAGUCUUUGUGAAAUUGAGGUGAACGAGUGUGCAUCCAAUCCAUGUUUCGCUGACGUCCCAUGCAAAGAUAUGAUUGCAACAUUCAGUUGUGGACCUUGUCCAUGGGGGUAUACAGGAAAUGGGGAAAACUGCACCAGAGAAAUUGGCCCAUGUGACUCAAAUCCUAAUGUAUGCCACAUCAACGGAGAGUGUGUUCAGAAUAAUGGAUCUUUCGUGUGCCAGUGCAUAAAUGGCUUCACGGGCGACGGAAAAAUGAAUUGCACAGAUGUGAAUGAAUGCGUAGAAAGUCCUGAUAUUUGCCACAAAAAUGCCACUUGCACCAAUUUGAAAGGAAACUUUACCUGUGAAUGUCUGAACGGGUUUACUGGCGAUGGUCGCCAUAAUUGUUCAGAUGUGAAUGAAUGCUUGGAAACUCCUGACAUUUGCCACAACAAUGCUACGUGCACAAAUAUUGAAGGAAGUUAUUCCUGUCAUUGUUUGGAAGGAUUCAUUGGGGAUGGUAGACAUAAUUGUUCUGAUGUGAAUGAAUGCUUGGGAACUCCUGACAUUUGCCACAAGAAUGCUACGUGCACAAAUAUUGAAGGAAGUUAUUCCUGUCAUUGUUUGGAAGGAUUCAUUGGGGACGGUAGACAUAAUUGUUCUGAUGUGAAUGAAUGCGUAAAAACUCCUGACAUUUGCCACAAAAAUGCUACGUGCACAAAUACUAAAGGAAAUUAUACUUGUGAAUGUAUGAACGGGUUCAUUGGCGAUGGUUACAUUGAUUGUUCUGAUGUGAAUGAAUGCUUGGAAACUCCUGACAUUUGCCACAAGAAUGCUACGUGCACAAAUAUUGAAGGAAGUUAUUCCUGUCAUGGUUUGGAAGGAUUCAUUGGGGAUGGUAGACAUAAUUGUUCUGAUGUGAAUGAAUGCUUGGAAACUCCUGACAUUUGCCACAAGAAUGCUACGUGCACAAAUAUUGAAGGAAGUUAUUCCUGUCAUUGUUUGGAAGGAUUCAUUGGGGAUGGUAGACAUAAUUGUUCUGAUGUGAAUGAAUGCGUAAAAACUCCUGACAUUUGCCACAAAAAUGCUACGUGCACAAAUACUAAAGGAAAUUAUACUUGUGAAUGUAUGAACGGGUUCAUUGGUGAUGGUUACAUUGAUUGUUCUGAUGUGAAUGAAUGCUUGAAAACUCCUGACAUUUGCCACAAGAAUGCUACGUGCACAAAUAUUGAAGGAAGUUAUUCCUGUCAAUGUUUGGAAGGAUUCAUUGGGGAUGGUAGACAUAAUUGUUCUGAUGUGAAUGAAUGCUUGGAAACUCCUGACAUUUGCCACAAGAAUGCUACGUGCACAAAUAUUGAAGGAAGUUAUUCCUGUCAUUGUUUGGAAGGAUUCAUUGGGGAUGGUAGACAUAAUUGUUCUGAUGUGAAUGAAUGCGUAAAAACUCCUGACAUUUGCCACAAAAAUGCUACGUGCACAAAUACUAAAGGAAAUUAUACUUGUGAAUGUAUGAACGGGUUCAUUGGCGAUGGUUACAUUGAUUGUUCUGAUGUGAAUGAAUGCUUGGAAACUCCUGACAUUUGCCACAAGAAUGCUACGUGCACAAAUAUUGAAGGAAGUUAUUCCUGUCAUUGUUUGGAAGGAUUCAUUGGGGAUGGUAGACAUAAUUGUUCUGAUGUGAAUGAAUGCUUGGAAACUCCUGACAUUUGCCACAACAAUGCUACGUGCACAAAUAUUGAAGGAAGUUAUUCCUGUCAUUGUUUGGAAGGAUUCAUUGGGGAUGGAAGACAUAAUUGUUCUGAUGUGAAUGAAUGCGUAAAAACUCCUGACAUUUGCCACAAAAAUGCUACGUGCACAAAUACUAAAGGAAAUUAUACUUGUGAAUGUAUGAACGGGUUCAUUGGCGAUGGUUACAUUGAUUGUUCUGAUGUGAAUGAAUGCUUGGAAACUCCUGACAUUUGCCACAAGAAUGCUACGUGCACAAAUAUUGAAGGAAGUUAUUCCUGUCAUUGUUUGGAAGGAUUCAUUGGGGAUGGUAGACAUAAUUGUUCUGAUGUGAAUGAAUGCGUAAAAACUCCUGACAUUUGCCACAAAAAUGCUACGUGCACAAAUACUAAAGGAAAUUAUACUUGUGAAUGUAUGAACGGGUUCAUUGGCGAUGGUUACAUUGAUUGUUCUGAUGUGAAUGAAUGCUUGGAAACUCCUGACAUUUGCCACAAGAAUGCUACGUGCACAAAUAUUGAAGGAAGUUAUUCCUGUCAUUGUUUGGAAGGAUUCAUUGGGGAUGGUAGACAUAAUUGUUCUGAUGUGAAUGAAUGCUUGGAAACUCCUGACAUUUGCCACAAGAAUGCUACGUGCACAAAUAUUGAAGGAAGUUAUUCCUGUCAUUGUUUGGAAGGAUUCAUUGGGGAUGGUAGACAUAAUUGUUCUGAUGUGAAUGAAUGCGUAAAAACUCCUGACAUUUGCCACAAAAAUGCUACGUGCACAAAUACUAAAGGAAAUUAUACUUGUGAAUGUAUGAACGGGUUCAUUGGCGAUGGUUACAUUGAUUGUUCUGAUGUGAAUGAAUGCUUGGAAACUCCUGACAUUUGCCACAAGAAUGCUACGUGCACAAAUAUUGAAGGAAGUUAUUCCUGUCAUUGUUUGGAAGGAUUCAUUGGGGAUGGUAGACAUAAUUGUUCUGAUGUGAAUGAAUGCUUGGAAACUCCUGACAUUUGCCACAAGAAUGCUACGUGCACAAAUAUUGAAGGAAGUUAUUCCUGUCAUUGUUUGGAAGGAUUCAUUGGGGAUGGUAGACAUAAUUGUUCUGAUGUGAAUGAAUGCGUAAAAACUCCUGACAUUUGCCACAAAAAUGCUACGUGCACAAAUACUAAAGGAAAUUAUACUUGUGAAUGUAUGAACGGGUUCAUUGGCGAUGGUUACAUUGAUUGUUCUGAUGUGAAUGAAUGCUUGGAAACUCCUGACAUUUGCCACAAGAAUGCUACGUGCACAAAUAUUGAAGGAAGUUAUUCCUGUCAUUGUUUGGAAGGAUUCAUUGGGGAUGGUAGACAUAAUUGUUCUGAUGUGAAUGAAUGCUUGGAAACUCCUGACAUUUGCCACAAGAAUGCUACGUGCACAAAUAUUGAAGGAAGUUAUUCCUGUCAUUGUUUGGAAGGAUUCAUUGGGGAUGGUAGACAUAAUUGUUCUGAUGUGAAUGAAUGCGUAAAAACUCCUGACAUUUGCCACAAAAAUGCUACGUGCACAAAUACUAAAGGAAAUUAUACUUGUGAAUGUAUGAACGGGUUCAUUGGCGAUGGUUACAUUGAUUGUUCUGAUGUGAAUGAAUGCUUGGAAACUCCUGACAUUUGCCACAAGAAUGCUACGUGCACAAAUAUUGAAGGAAGUUAUUCCUGUCAUUGUUUGGAAGGAUUCAUUGGGGAUGGUAGACAUAAUUGUUCUGAUGUGAAUGAAUGCGUAAAAACUCCUGACAUUUGCCACAAAAAUGCUACGUGCACAAAUACUAAAGGAAAUUAUACUUGUGAAUGUAUGAACGGGUACAUUGGCGAUGGUUACAUUGAUUGUUCUGAUGUGAAUGAAUGCUUGGAAACUCCUGACAUUUGCCACAAGAAUGCUACGUGCACAAAUAUUGAAGGAAGUUAUUCCUGUCAUUGUUUGGAAGGAUUCAUUGGGGAUGGUAGACAUAAUUGUUCUGAUGUGAAUGAAUGCUUGGAAACUCCUGACAUUUGUCACAAGAAUGCUACGUGCACAAAUAUUGAAGGAAGUUAUUCCUGUCAUUGUUUGGAAGGAUUCAUUGGGGAUGGUAGACAUAAUUGUUCUGAUGUGAAUGAAUGCGUAAAAACUCCUGACAUUUGCCACAAAAAUGCUACGUGCACAAAUACUAAAGGAAAUUAUACUUGUGAAUGUAUGAACGGGUUCAUUGGCGAUGGUUACAUUGAUUGUUCUGAUGUGAAUGAAUGCUUGGAAACUCCUGACAUUUGCCACAAGAAUGCUACGUGCACAAAUAUUAAAGGAAGUUAUUCCUGUCAUUGUUUGGAAGGAUUCAUUGGGGAUGGUAGACAUAAUUGUUCUGAUGUGAAUGAAUGCUUGGAAACUCCUGAGAUUUGCCACAAGAAUGCUACGUGCACAAAUAUUGAAGGAAAUUAUUCCUGUCAUUGUUUGGAAGGAUUCAUUGGGGAUGGUAGACAUAAUUGUUCUGAUGUGAAUGAAUGCGUAAAAACUCCUGACAUUUGCCACAAAAAUGCUACGUGCACAAAUACUAAAGGAAAUUAUACUUGUGAAUGUAUGAACGGGUUCAUUGGCGAUGGUUACAUUGAUUGUUCUGAUGUGAAUGAAUGCUUGGAAACUCCUGACAUUUGCCACAAGAAUGCUACGUGCACAAAUAUUGAAGGAAGUUAUUCCUGUCAUUGUUUGGAAGGAUUCAUUGGGGAUGGUAGACAUAAUUGUUCUGAUGUGAAUGAAUGCUUGGAAACUCCUGAGAUUUGCCACAAGAAUGCUACGUGCACAAAUAUUGAAGGAAAUUAUUCCUGUCAUUGUUUGGAAGGAUUCAUUGGGGAUGGUAGACAUAAUUGUUCUGAUGUGAAUGAAUGCGUAAAAACUCCUGACAUUUGCCACAAAAAUGCUACGUGCACAAAUACUAAAGGAAAUUAUACUUGUGAAUGUAUGAACGGCUUCAUUGGCGAUGGUUACAUUGAUUGUUCUGAAAAUAAAUCUCCGCUUAUAAAUACUCCAAGUUCAGUCUACGCAAUCUUGAAUAUGGACUUCAGAAUUCCGAUCGAAGCACGCGAUCCCGAGGACGAGGAUCUAGUUUUUGAGUUAAUGUCAAACGGAACCGCAACCACGGCUGAAAUCACAGAAAACGGUUUUCUUACAAUACCGGAACUUAAAGAAAGUGGAAGUGUUUAUAUACUGGUUAAAGAUAAAAAGGGUGCCCAGAAUUUUCUAGUUCUCAAUGUGAAAGCGAUGCAAUGUCCAUGUGAACAAAAUGGUACAUGUCAGAAAAAGCAGAAUAUCACUUAUCCAGUGCAGAAAUCCGACUAUAUUUGCAAUUGUAAGGAACCAUUCACCGGUGAAAAAUGUGAAAAACGCUCAAAUCCUUGCAGCGAGCAGCCCUGUUUUCCUGGACUCAAAUGUUCUUCCGCACUGAAUUCGGAGGGAUAUACCUGUGAAAAAUGUCCACCAUUAUUUAAAGGCGAUGGAAAAUAUUGUGAACUUAAUAACGUGAAAGAAAAGAACCACGUGGAAUCUAAAAUAACAUUGAAAAGUGAAAAAUGGGUUGAUCAAUUAACUGACAAUACAUCCAAAGAGUACAGGGAGCUUGCCUCGCGGAUAACAAUUGAGAUCAGGACAAUUUAUAACAACGUUCCAGAGUUUAGUUACUUAAUUGUCAAAAACUUCAGACCCGGAAGUAUAAUUGUAAAUUUCGUGUUGAUAUUUUCCGAUGAAGUAAAAGCUCCACUUGAACCAUUACUCAAAGUGGCAGAGACUGGCAAACUCGGCAACAUGACGUUUGAGAUGAACGUGAAUGAACAUGACGCAGACGACGACAAAAAUGGCUCAACGGACAAAACGAUUCGCAAUGCUGUGAUUAUCGCUGGUGUUGUUGUGGUUGUCCUUUUCCUCAUUAUAGUUAUUGUGCUGCGUGUGAGAAGACAGAGAAAGCACAGGGAAGAGGAACUCAGGAAGAAGCAAAGAGCCGAAAUUUCAAGAAGCCAACCGAAAGGAAUUUCAUACCACGGAAAAGCUGGUGAAGAAAUCGACAUGAAAGAAAUGGCUGGAGACUUAAAUAUCGAACCUUAAUUCGGUGAUUGAGAUUCAAUACCUGCUUUUAAAUGAGAACCAUUUAAAUAACGAUAUCAUAAUUGCUUUUCUACACUAUCUAUGAACCCUUACAUCUAUUCUGAUAUAUCUAUUCGCAUAACUGGUAUAUUUAAAAAAAUUCUUUAAGAAUGAUUGCGAACUGGGAAUACUGGGAUCUUAUUAGCACCAUAAAAAUAAUUAUAUUUAAUGUAUAAAUACCUAAAUAGAUAUCGUAAGUUUGCAAGCACACCACAUUAUACGACUAUACUUAAUGACGCUAAAUACUUACACAAUUUGCAUUGAACACUGUUCUUCUACAAAAUGGGUUAAGUUAGCACGGUUCUUGUUGUAGGGGUCAUUUUCUUAAAUAGACAUUAUUAUUGAAAUCGUGUCUUUAAAUAUAAUUGGGUAAUACACUUGAUUCUGCAUGCCAUAUUUCUCUUAAAAUCACC